AUGGGCGAGUUCACGUCUUUAAGAACAUUGAUCAAUGAAAACUUUAAGAAGAUUUCUGACCAGAUUAAAGUAAAUCAGCCCACAGUGACACGUGAUGAUGGUAUUCAAAUGUCGCCUGAUGUCGACGUGCAAGAUAAACCUAAAGGCCAGCCAAAGAGUGAUACAACUAAUACAGAUGUUAAUCCUGUUUCUGAUGAAGCAAUAGUUGAGGGGAAUAAUACAUCUGAGAUGUUGUGUAUCAUACUACCUAUAUGUGUAUCCAAAGAAGUACAUGUAUCACAGUUUGAGUUGCCAGACCAGUUUCUUCCAAGUCAAAAACCAGAAGCUAGAAUUAUGAUACAUCAUGCAGCAAAAAAUCCAGCAGAUGCAACCCCAUUAGCCUCACAUAGGAAUCGGCGUGCAAGUAGAUGGUAUUCUUCGCCUUAUGAGUCAAACUUCGACUCCGCAGGUACCUCAGUUAAGUUGACUCACAUAUUAGACAAGAAACACCUAUUUGAAGAUGAUUUGAUUUCGGGACCACAUCCUACAUUAGUCAUUCAGGAGUAUGAGAAAUGGGUUCGUGAUGGUCUUAUCGCUAAACAUUAUCAAAAAAGUGAUUUGGAAGACCAUUACAAAAAGAACAAGUCAACACUGCAUAUACCGUUGGAUUUUGGCGUUGAUCAAGUCACUUCAAAAAACUGGUUUUACCUUCUCUCAUUUGACGGCAAACUAUGGAAUGACAAUACAAGAAUAGCUGAAAUAUUCGAUGCUGAUACAAAUAGUAAUGCAAAUGUAGCCGAAGAAGAGGAUGUGGUAUGUGAAUACAUAAGGGGCUACAGAUUGCUGGCAAAUGUACCGUGGCAUACUGUUGACAAUGUCUUGAUACCAGUCAACUUGAAGGACAAACUGCAUUGGGUAUUGGCAGUUGUCUCAUUCAAGGAUAGAUGUAUCAAAGUGUAUGACUCCAUUAGAUCAUCAUUGCAUGAUGCCUAUGUGGCUUCAGAGAUAGAUAAGCUAGCUAAGCUUGUACCUCUGUAUCUAUCGAUCAGCGGUUUUUACAGAGAUAAGCAAGGCAUAGAUUGGACUCAUGACUCAGCAUACAGUGACAAGGCACCAACUGAUCCCUUUGAUGUUGUUUUCAUUUCAAAUCUGUCUCAACAAAAUUCCGGGAGCAUAUAUGGUGCCCUCCUUUGGGACUAUGCUAUGCGAAAGAUAGACGUUGAUGCCAUAAGCGAGAGCGAAGCACCUUCAAAGAUUCUUAGGCACAUCACUGAUUCUGAUACGUCGGUUAAGAUAAUGUUAGAGUAG